AUGUCAGACAGUGGUUUUGUCAACAGGAGCCUGUUUGAGACCUAUCUCAUGGGUCAUUUUGCAAAGCAUGCCAGUUUAGACAGAUCCUCGCAGAAACCAGUUCGGGUACUAUAUGAGGGACACAAGGCCCACUUGUCCUUGACCCUUGCUGACUGGGCAAAAGACCACAAUGUGGUUUUAUUUGUAUUGCCACCCCACACUAGCCAUCUAACUCAGCCCCUUGAUGUUGGAGUAUUUGGCCCACUGAAGAAACUCUACAACAGAGAAUGCCAUUCCUACAUCCACAGCAACCCUGGAAUAUCUAUCACUAGAUAUGAGAUUGCAAAACUAACAGCCAAACCAUACACAAGAGCCUUCACACCAGAAAACAUAUGCUCAGCAUUCAAAAAGGCAGGCAUCUAUCCAUUCAAUGAUUUAGUGAUAACCAGCAUACAAAUUGCCCCCUCAACAAUCUACCCGGUGAAUGAUGUCAGUACAAACCAAUAUGACAAUGAACCAAGAAUGACAAUAGCCAUAGAACAGUCAACUGCCAACACGAACAAACAUGUACAUACAGAGAUUGAUUACCUGAAAAGUAGGCUGACAACAACUGUGAAACAGAGGCCUCGAAAUAAAUAUAUUCCACCGCCAACAGUCACAGGGAACUUGCUUUCUGAUUCAAGUGUGAUCACACUGAGAGAGCAAGAAGAAAAAGAAAAUCCAAAAAUAUAUGGUGGACCUUCCUGGAGGAACACUUGUGCGGAAAAGUGGGAACUAAAUGAUUGGGAAAUAGGCAAAUGCUACCUCCCUCCGGACGGAUAUAGCAGCAUUUCCUCGGUCCAGGAAUCGGACUUCAAUGGUGUGAUAAGCAUCAUGUUGAAUUGCCUACAUUUCCAGACAUGUCUCUCCCCCUCAUGUUUAUCACCUCCACCGCCUGAUAAGCAAUGUCCACUAGAAAAGGUCCGUCAGAUUGGCCGAAAUGUGCGACAAUCAUCCAACUGCAAGGUUACAGAUGCUGACUUGCAGGACUAUUUCAAGACACUGUCCACGCUCCUGGCUGACCCACGAUACUUACAACAUGAUCCUUCAGCCAUCAUAGCACGUAGAAAACUUAGUGAUUUGCAGAAUGAUAGUAUAUCAAUCGACGCAUUGGGUCAACUUGAAGAACGCAUUGGGCAGAAUGUCUUUGGAGAGCGCAUGAAACAUGAAGCGAACGAAACUUCAAAAGCAGGCUACGAGCGAGUCGUAUCAGAACUGAAACCAAAGAAGAAAUGUACUCAUGCGGAAAUUAAACACGAAAUUAAAAAGAUAGGGAAAUAUAUUCACGAUGGCAGACUUGUCAAGCUAAGCCCAGAAUAUAUUGAGCAUGUAAAAGACUGCUUGAGUGACCCAAGCUCUAUUGAAAAAGGGGGAUAUGGAACUGUUUAUAUAACUCGCGAACAAGAGGAUGGUUUCCGGCAAAGAAUAGUUCUUAAAGAACUCAGUGUUGAUGAUUCACCGGGGUCACGUCGCAAGGACAAGUUGCACAGUCUUGCCUCUGUAACAAAUGAGAAGCUGUCGUCGCGUGUUAUGCACUUCGCUAUCGUGCCACUCAUUGCAUACCAUGAUGAUCUUGAGAAAGGGAAGUACUAUUUCAUCGCACCAUAUCUUGAGAAAGGUGAUUUGUAUGCAGCGAUCCAAUCAGACAGAACAUUGUUAGAAAAAUGCGCACCACCUGCGGAGUACAUACCUUUACUUCAUUGGAAGCACAGACUGAAAAUAAUAUAUCAGAUUGCUUGCGCUAUUGACUAUCUUCACACUGGGAAUUCAUUCCGAGGUACAAUCCUACAUAUGGACAUCAAAUCCAAGAACGUUGUAAUAGACUCGGAACUGAACGCACGGCUGAUUGAUUUUGGUCUUGCAAGAGAGGCGAAGGAAGGUGAAGAUUUGAAGACUGAGACUGCUUUAUACGGUACAGAAGGCUAUUUUCCAACCGUUCAACAUAAAAGACUUACACCAGAACACGAUUAUCAUAAUUUUGGAAUAGUUAUCAGAGAAUUACUGACAGGUGUUGAUCCAACGGAAUAUGGGAAGGACAAUAACAUACAACUGCGCAAAUGGGACAGUAGAAGAGUUGAGAAAAGUAUACAGGAUCGAGUUUGGCCAAAGGAAUUCAAUGGCAGACGGGAAAUAAUAACUUUAGCAGAUACGUGCAUCGAAAGCAUUAAGCAGGAAGGAACAUUGAAGUCAAAAAGAAUCUGCGAUGAAUUAAAGAAAAUUAUGAGAACCAACAGCGUCUCAACCUGGACAUAUUGGAAAGAUAAACGAUGUGAAAUAUGUAUGGUGAACGAACACGAUACAGAAAGCCCCGUGGCUGAGAUAAAUCAUAAGGACUGUUCAGGCAAAAUUAAGAUAUGUCAUGCCUGUAUGCGCAAUUCGUAUUUUAAUCCCAUCAAAUGCCACACAUGCGAUAACGACAUCAAAGCACUAAUUGGUGAUGGUUGGGGAGCAGUGUUGAUCGUCGGAUAUGAUGAGCAUGAAAACAACUUGUUUAAAAAAGAUGUGACAGCAUUUGGAGAUGCUAUCACUAGUACAGUAUUGCCGACAAUGUGUAUCAGCAAAUCCAACUUAGUUGUUGUUGACUUCAAUACAAACAGCGAGGAAAGUGCAUUUUCCAGAAUUGAAAAGGCAUUUAAAAUACUCGAGUCAAAUCACGUACAUACCUUGGUUUUUCUGUACUCAGGACAUAAUUGCAACUCGGGAUUUCUAAUCGGAAGAACAUCAUCUCAAGCUGAAAGAUCUAAAGACUUGUUCUUGUGCUAUCAUAUGAACGAACUUUGUAAAUGCAUUGAAGAGUUUAAUGGUUUAAAAAAAGUGAUAGUAUUUUUGGACUGUUGUUACCCAAAACCUCUUGAUGUCCCUGAUCGUAUUUGUCUCAUACAGUUCAAUGCUACUGCUCCCAACGACACAACUGAAUUCAUAAGUACAAAAGGGAGUAUAUUCACACGAUUUUUGGUGCAAGCCUUUACGAUGAAGGCGUCGGGUGAAAAGUGUGAAAUUCAUGAUUUUGACUGUUCCAUUACUCAUGACUUAAUAACACUUUGGACGUUGUGGAAGUACAUAUUGCGUCAUACACAAAAUGGUGGCAUGGAGAAAAUGAUGCCACAUCUAAAUGCAAAGGGUAUUUGUUGGAAGACGAUGUUUUUGGCAUAUAAUUAUAAUUUCAAGGUGAAAUUUCGUUUUGAUGUAAGAGUUCCGGAUUCAAACAUCAAUCAAAUGAUAGAAGUUUUACCAAGACAACUUACAGAGUUUAGAGCAUUUAAGUCGGAUAUUCUAUUUCCAGCAUGUUGUGAUAUGUUAGCAAAAAACAUGAACAUCCAAGCAAGUAUACCGCCAGAUAUGUCGAAGUAUGCAGAGAUCUUGGUCAUCGAGGUUGAUGGUGGUCCCAAGCACACCCAGGAGAUAGACAACAUGGAAAAGCUUUUGCUAGCGUGGAAUUCAAAACUGUUGUUCCGAUGCCGAUUCCGUCAGUGUACCGAGAUAGAUCAAGGGCGACCAAUUGGGUUUGUUUUGAGGAAUGGCGAUAUUGUCUGCGAAAUAUUGUCGGAUCUUAAUCCAGAUCAGCACCCAAAUGAUAUAAACGGUUUGGAGGAAUUGAUGACGGCAUUAACCAACGAGGAAGAAAAGAUAAAACAUAAAGAAUUAGUCCAGCCGGAAAAGAUAAAACAUAAAGAAUUAGUCCAGCCGUUGACACUCUUUAAUGACAAAUUGUCCGCACUGUUGCAUGCCGCAAAGGAAAAAAAGUUGAAAAACAGACAGUUGACAAUCAACUGCAUUGACCUCUUCGAGGACGGAUCUGUCACGCUGGUGUAUAUGGAGUUAACAAGCCCUGAAGAACAGCUGGACCAAUCCCGCUAUGUUUAAUUAUUUUCGUCUAUAUGGGUACACAUUGAAGGCUGAUGCCGGCACUCACCGUUUGGUGCAUUCAAGUGUAAACAGCUUCAUUUGGCACAGUCAGGUUUACCUCAUAAUCCUGUAAAAAUGUUUAUUCUAAACUACAGGUAUACUAAGUGUUGUAUUGAUUGCUGGCUAUUUAAAAAGUGGGAAAUUAUGCUGUUACAUACAAAUUGAAAAAAAAUCCCGAACGUUAUACUCGAUAUACUGCAUAACGUUGUGCAUUAAAUAGCCAACUGUAUAUAAGAUUACUUGCAUAAUAAUAUUACUUUUUUCUUGAGCAUUGAGUAUGGCAUUCCACUGAUUAUAACCGCAUGAAUGUGUAUUUACGCAAAAAAUACUCGCAUUUUGAAUUCCAAUGUGUUAUAUGUAUACCUAUGUUCUUAUUGUCAUGGUUUAUGGAGUGUUGACGAUUCUUCAGAUAAUUAACUGAAAUAUAAUGUGACGGGCCAAUAGCAAUUAAUUCAGAAGAUCGUUUCAGUGUUGUUAUUGUCGAAUAUGAACGGUAACAAAUUAUAUUACGCUAAAGAAACAAUAACUAGUGUGACCUGUUUUACUUUCUUGCGUUCACAUUGCGCGAUAAUUCAUUGACCAUUGUUAAAAACAUAUACGAGUGUUACGUUUCUAAAUAUAUUAGUAUAAUAUGAGUUAAGUAAGGACAAACACCCUGUGUGUAUUUGGUGUAUCAUGUUUGCUACAGUCAUAAGUUAACAUUACACUCCAAUAUGUUUAAGACUGUCAGAUUACACACACUAAGUAUUGAAAGCCAUACCUGGAGCUUUCGUCCGUGUACUACGGACUUCAUAAGCAGAAUGAUUUCUACUGUUGGUAAACGUCACCCUGACGAUAAGCGAUGUUUACGUUUCCCAACAGUAGAAAGCAUUCUGCUGAUGAAGUUCUAAGUACACGGACGAAAGCUCCAGGCAUGACUUUCAAUACUUCGUGUGUGUAAUAUGACAGUCUAAAACUUAUUGGAUCAUCAUGAAAACCACAAAUUAAACUUUCAUCGCAGUUUACAUAACGUCUACUGAAUGUAAUAAGUCAUAUAACUGACAUUUUUAUACAUAUUUACCUUUUUCCAUUUUUGUGUGUAUUUAGGUGACAUACAUCAGUUGUUAAAAUAUUGAGUCAACCUUUUUGGCAAAAAUACUGUUUUAACCAAAUUUUCAAAAUUGACAUUACGAACACAUGUCUUUUUUUAAUGUAAAAAGUAGAGUAACUGACAUUUUGUUAAAUUUUGAGGAGAGGCAAAAAACUGUUUUACUAAAAUAAUUAACAUUUUUCCGGAUUCAAAUCGUCUGAGUAUUAUUAUAAUAAAUUAUGAAAA